CACAGGAUGGUAAAUAUCAGGAGGGAAGGCGCGGUGGUGUUGUAUGUAUAUAUAGGGCCGGAGUUGGGAGUGGUGAGGCCUCACGGCGACGAGUCUUCUUCUUGAUCUCGGGUCGAAUUAGGUGAGUGUCAGAAAGAGGAAUCAACGAUGGUUUCCUCCAUGAUGGUCUCCUCGGCUGCCACCUUCACCCGGGCUUCCCCGGCUCAAUCCAGCAUGGUGGCGCCGUUCACCGGCCUCAAGUCCGCCUCCGCCUUCCCUGUCACCAGGAAGCCCAACGCCGACCUCUCCCACCUCCCCAGCAAUGGCGGCCGAGUUCAGUGCAUGAAGGUGUGGCCGAUCGAGGGCAUGAAGAAGUUUGAGACCCUGUCCUACCUUCCGACACUGAAGGACGAGGAGUUGCUGAAGCAGAUCGAGUACCUUCUCCGCUCCAAAUGGAUUCCCUGCUUGGAGUUCUGCCCCAAAGGGUUCGUGUGGCGCGAGAACCACCGGUCGCCGGGGUACUACGACGGGCGGUACUGGACCAUGUGGAAGCUGCCCAUGUUCGGGUGCACCGACGCUGUGCAGGUGGCGAAGGAGGUGGAGGAGUGCAAGAAGGAGUACCCCCACGCCUUCAUCCGCAUCAUCGGCUUCGACAACAACCGCCAGGUGCAGUGCAUCAGUUUCAUCGCCUACAAGCCGACCGGCUACUAGACGAUUCGGAUCCGGCUCUUCGGAUUUGCUUUCUUUGGUUCAGUGUUGGAUGUUUCCCCUUCUCUCGUUGUCUCCUCUACGCAACCGCCGACAGUGCAGCAGCGCACUGAGGCCGUCUAUGUUUUGUUUCCCCAAGAACGCGGAGCUUGUAUGUUAAGAAGUUUAUUAUGGACGUUCGCUUAUUUAUAAUAAAGGCUACCCAAUGUGUUUGAUUUUA